AUUCAAUAAUCGCUCAAAUUUGUCUCUUUUCCUUUCUUUUCUUUGUUUUGCGGAGGGCGCUCGGCUUAAUAUAUCCAGGCGAGCUAAACCCUAGGUUGUACCCGUUCUACCGCAGGAGCAAAACCCAAGGUCUCUGAAAACUACAGAGUUCAUACCGGAAAGCUAUUGAUGCCCUAGAAAUGCAAUCUUGAGCUCUUCUUGCUCUUUCAAGGCAGCGAUUCACGGUACAGAAAACCGAUAUUGCGCUCAUCUCAGUCUUGUAAAGCAGCCAUUGAUGACUAGAAGAAAUAGUUUUGAGGUUUUCUCUUAGUCCUUGUGCUUGAUAAGCUGCGAUUGUUUUACUGAUAUAUGCUGAGAUUUAUCAAAUUUGUUAUUGGGCUCUUCUGAAUUCUUUCAAGGCAGGCAUUCGUGCCCAGAAGGAAACAGUUCGAAGUUUUUCUGACUCUUUGGAGGAAAUAGGUUUAUUUUUAUUUUUGUAUUGAUAAGUAAACUUUAUCAGGUUUUGCUUUGGGCCCAGGUUUCAUAGCUCUAGAACAACAAUUUUAAUGAGCCAUCGAUUCCCCAAAGGAACAAACCUUUGAGUUUUUUCUAAGCCUUUUGAAGAAUUAGGCUUACUGGCUGUGAUAAGCUGAAAGAGAUCAAGGUUUUCUUUUGAGCACUUAUCAAAAUUUCAAGGCAUCCAUUGAUGCCCAGCAGAAACAAAUUUGAAGUUUCUAAGGCUUUUGGAGAUUAGGUCUUCUGAUGCUCAUUGGCUGAACUCGAUCAGGAAUUUCUGUUUCUUUAUGCCCCAAAGAAACAAUGUCAAUAUUUUUCUAGGUCUUCAAAAUACCCACGAUUUUCUGGUGUUGAUAGCUCGAAAUCAAUCUAGAUAUCUUUGGUGACGUGUGAGUUCCGGAGCACCUGAACAUCCAUGGCAGAUCGCACAGCCAUGGUUGCCCGCCCCAUAUGGAUGAAGCAAGCAGAGGAGGCAAAGCUCAAAAGUGAAGCAGAGAAAGCGGCGGCUGCAAAGGCUGCCUUUGAAGCCACCUUCAAAGAUGUCGAGAAAGUUGCAGAGAAAGAGAACUCUUCAUCUGAUAGUGAAGGUGAAGAGAGUGAUCUCUGUGAGAAACCUAUAGGACCAUUGGACCCUUCAAAGUGCUCAGCUGCUGGUGCAGGAAUAUCAGGAGGUGCAGCUUGUGCCCCAAUCUCCUUUGUUGUAGUCACAAAAGACUCAGAUGGUCAAAGAAUCAAUAAAGGAGGGGCCAAGCUCAAGGUCAGGAUCUCACCUGGUGUUGGGGUUGGAGGUUCAGAGCAAGAAGGGAUGGUUAAGGAUCAAGGUGACGGGACCUACACUGUAACUUACGCAGUUUCAAAGAGGGGCAAUUACAUGGUUCAUGUUGAAUGUGAGGAAAAACCUAUCAUGGGUAGUCCAUUUCCUGUGUUUUUCAGUGCUGGUACCCUUUCUACUGCACCAGGAUUAUUUGGUCCAGCUCCUUCCGUUCCUACUUCUUCAAAUUACCCUAAUCUGGUGAACCAAACAAUGCCCAACAUGCCCAAUUACUCAGGCGCUGUUUCUGGAGCUUUUCCAGGGUUGUUAGGAAUGAUGCCUGGUAUAAUUUCAGGGGCUUCAGGUGGGGUUGUCUUACCAGGGAUUGGGGCCUCUCUUGGCGAGGUUUGUAGGGAUUACUUGAAUAGUCGAUGCCCUAAUAACCCUUGCAAGUUUAGCCAUCCUCCCCAUAAUUUGUUAAUGGCUGCUUUGGCAGCAAGUACAACGAUGGGAACCCUAAGUCAAAUGCCCAUGGCUCCUUCAGCGGCUGCCAUGGCAGCUGCUCAGGCGAUCGUGGCUGCACAGGCCCUUCAAGCUCAUGCAGCACAAGUGCAGGCUCAAGCCAAGGCCAGAGGGGAUUCUCCUGGCUCACCAGAUAAUGAGAAAAAGGCUGAUGCACUGAGAAGAACUCUACAAGUCAGCAAUCUCAGUCCUCUUCUAACUGUUGAGCAGUUGAAACAGCUUUUCAGCUACUGUGGAACUGUUGUUGACUGUAGCAUAACAGAUUCAAAACAUUUUGCAUACAUAGAAUAUUCAAAACCUGAAGAGGCAAAAGCUGCAUUGGCUUUGAACAACAUGGAUGUCGGGGGCCGUCCACUUAAUGUGGAGAUGGCGAAAUCCCUUCCUCAAAAAGCAACUCUGGCAACCUCUUCUUCUCAUCAGUCUUCUCUACCACUGGUCAUGCAACAAGCAGUGGCUAUGCAACAAAUGCAAUUUCAGCAGGCGCUAAUUAUGCAACAAACAUUGGCCUCACAGCAAGCUGCUAGCCGAGCAGCAUCAAUGAAAUCUGCAACUGAAAUGGCAUCAGCUAGAGCUGCAGAAAUAAGCAAAAUGUUGAAACCUGAUGGAAAUGGGAACGAGGAAAAGGACUCUGACAAGAAAUCAAGGUCUCCUCCAGCAUCUCGUCUAAGAUCGAAGUCACGGUCGAAAUCACCCAUAAGAGUUCGGCAUGGUCGGCAUUCACAUUCUAGAUCGCCACCACCAGUUCGACACAAUAGAGAUCGGAGGUCCCGAUCACCAGUCAGAUCUCGCCAUCAUCACAGUGAUCACAUAAGUGAGCGCCGCCACAGAGAGAGUAUCAAUACCUAUCGAAGAUCGGAAAGACGUGAAAGGGACCGAUCACGUGAAAGGGGUCGGUCACAUGAAAGGGAAAGACCACGUGAUAACUACUCUAGUUCACGGAGGCAUAGGAGCAGGAGUGCAACACCGAAAACAAGAAGAUCAUCCAGGGUUGAUUCAGUUUCGCCUUUGCAUCAUAGAGAAAGGAGAUCGUCGCCACAUGACCACGAUACGUCCUCCCACCGUAGUAGGCGCUCUGAGAAAAAACGCGGUUCCCCCUUGCAGGUUAAUGGAUGGGAUACCAUUCUGGUUUGUGACCUGAGGUCUCUGGCCUUUAAUUCAAAGAAGGAUUGGAGUUUUUUUUGUUUUCCUUUUUUUCUUUUUUCCUUUCCUUUUUUCUAUUUUUGUUUUCUAUUCUUUGGGUUUGCAGGUUGCAGUAGAUGGAUUUACCAAGAUGGAUUAACAUACUCAGUAUGCAUGCAUGUUAACUUUUCAUCAUUCUAUGUAUCGUCCUCACCUCAUUUCAUGUGCUGAAUCUGUCACAUGGGAAAUCUUUCCACUGCCUUUCACUUUUUGUCUUUUUUGACAAUUUUCAGGAAUUAGUUGCAGUCGAUGAUUAGCCUGACUCGUUACCUCCUAUCAUUCCUUUGUGGAUCUUUCUUUUUCUGCUUUACUUUUGGUUUUUUUACCUUCUAUUAAUUUUUUUUUGUUUAUCCUUUUUUGUAUUUUUUUUUCCCUAAUUUGAAGGAUGCUUUUCACCACCCAGAUCUGAGUUUGAGGGCUAGAAACUGAUCCACAUGAAGAAUAUCUGCAACCAUAGCAAAUGGAGAGUUUUGGGAUUCGGCUAUCCAUUUCUUCAAGAUAGGUAUGCUGGAAAUAAUUGUGGAAUGGGCUUAUUAUUGAAGCCAACAUCUUACUUUUCCAACUCGAGAUAUCUGCUACCUAUAAUUCUUUGGGUACACCUUCUGGCAUUCUGGAAACUGUGCUCUCUUUUCUUGCAGAAGUUUCAUGCAUUGAGUCCUAAUAUUCGAUAGCAUAAUGCGAUGGUCUUUUAUCAGGUUAUCGAAUAUAGCAUGCCAAACUCACAUACAUAUUAUUCCUGAAUGGCCACUCUUUUUUCAAUGUAGAUAUACAUAUUUAGUGAAUCAAGGAAUUUGUUGAGGUGAGUAUCAUUUAGGGGCACUUGUCUCUUUGAAGAACUGUGAUUUGAUCGUUCAUGAAGCAUAGCGACUUGGCCUUCGAUCUCAUUGUUUAGAACUAGAAAAACACAUCCCUCCCAAACCAUGUGGCAUUGAGAUCGAGAGGGUGAGAAUGCAAUCUUGAGAAUGGAAUGGAUUCCCAUGUUCUAGGAAAUGUCGACACUCAAAAUUUUUGUUGUCUUGCAAUGGGAUUGAAGUUGGAAGUCUACCUUAGUUGCAAAAUUUUCCCUAAUACCAAAUUCCAGUGAGGUGACUGCUAGGAUUUGCAUAAUACAUUUGCCCAUGUAGUAAGUUGGAGAAUCUGAUGGUGGUUGGUUUGGAGAUAGAAACAAUGGAGCCAAGUUUGGGGUCUAGGGGGUGGGGUCAUUUUUUCCGUUUUAUGUUAAGUAUGAUCCAGUUGUGGCACUAAAGUGGAAGUAGCAAGGCGAGUUGAGUGUUUGUGGAACUGACAUGCCAUGAUACAAGUACCUGCCAAUCUCUAGGUUUAACCUUAGUUACACAAAACGCCUCAGGGAUGUCAGUUUUUUGGAUUAGUUUAGUGUCAAAAACAUGUUGGGAACUUCUAGAGGAGCUGGAGUAGGUCAUGAGGAAGAAAAUUUUCAAGCAGAAAUCAUCUAGGGAUCAACAUGGGAGGCUUGACUUCGGAGCGGGGAUGCUAUCUACAGGCUUUUUGUUACCUAUAGAUUUGUACUUCAAUUCCCAUUAUGUUUUCUACUGUAUCCAAGGAAGGCGUGUUGUACAUCUUCCAGUUGGAAUUUGUCCUUCCAAGUCACAUUCACGUUGACAUAGACAAGACUGAAUGUGAGACGUAUUUAGAGGUUGUUUGCUGCACAAGGACUGCCUGGUAAUGUAAAGUAGUGGAGGGCAUAUUUCUAAUAAUAUGUACAGCAAUAUGAAAUAGCAAAAAAGGCUUGAUCUGGAAGGAACUUGGAACUUGGACUGCAAACAUCAUUGAAUGCUCGUCUUGAUGUUUUAGUGUUGCUUCCAUUUUACCACAUCAAGUUGCUGUGGAAGGCAAAAGCAAGAGAAUUUGAUAUGCAUCUAGCAGCAAGACAUGAUGUUUAUUCCUACAUCCAAAUGACCCUAUUUAGUAGGAAAAGAAUAUUGCUUGAAAAAUGUUUUUUUAUAAUGGAAUAAUGUCAUUGUGCAGUAAUGAGGGACAGAUAUAUCUUUGCUAAAACAUAGAACCGCUACAUUUACAUACCUGAUUAGUACUAUAAAAGAUACACCGGUCUAACAUUAAGUAUUUGAUAUGUUCUCUUGUUUGUUUAGAGUAUAUUGAAGACAGGUGUGUAUACUGGCUUGGAUUCCUAGACACUGGCUCAUCUAUGUGAAAAGCUAUUAGAAAAAUACACGAGUCCAUUAUUAAGUUUUCGAUAUGUCUUUCUUGUUUGUUUAGGUUUUGUUGAAGACAGGCAUGCAUGCUUGCUUUGAUUCGUAGUUACUGGCUCAGCUACAUGACUAGGUCAUUCAUUGGCUCCUUGUAUGCCUCUCUGAAUUCUUUGAAGCUGAACUAUGGAUUUUAGGCCUUACUGGUUUUCCAUCCAUAGAUUAAUGCUCUGUGAUAGCCUUGGCAGGCCUCGAUAGUCCCACAAUUAGUAUUUGCAAAUCCAGAAUUAUCGUUAGACGAUUGGAGUACCCUCCCCUUGCAUGGUGUUGGUCUUUAUCAUAUUUCUAGUUCUUUAGCUUCUCUUAUGAGUGUCUUCUGAUUUCUAAUGAAAUGGAUGCACUUGACUGUCUGCAUUGAUUUAUUUUUACUUGUCUAGUUAUGGGGCACACAUUCUAUAUAUAGAUAUUUGUGAAGGAAGAUCAUGAACAUUUUUUGUCCCUUCUUUUGUCCCUUUUUUUCUGUUCCUUGUUUGCAGGUCAUAGAUGGGAUAACAAUUUUGGCAUGUUACUUGCGGUCCUAUAUUAGGAAAUUGGAAGAUUUACAAACCCCAUGUUUUUUUUUUUUUGGUUUGUUUUUAUGUUUUUGUCCCCCUUUGUUGUCAAUUAUCUGUUUGCAGGUUGCUAUAGAUGAACUAUUAAGUGUGCCCCUACGUGCUGUCCUAGUUAUAGUUGGUUGUACCAUCUUUCUUCACCCCGUCUCUUUCUCAUUUUGAAUUUAGUCUUAGGUGUACCUUGCCAUCCUUGACUUGUCUUCUGUGAUGUUUUUCAGGGGUUAGUGCACACUUAGCAACCUCCUCUUAUUUUUGGGUUUUUCAUCUUAUUUUAUUUUUCUCAGUUUUUUUUUUGAAGUUUUGGAGGAUCUUUCCUCCCCAUCAGAUGUGAGUCAAGAGCAAGAAGGUGGCCUAUGUCAAGACAGUCAAAGGAUCAUUCGAGGCGAACUUCUGGGUCAUUCUGUUCCUUUUCUUCUAGAUUGGUGAUCGCUGUUCCUUUCUUUUCAAGCAGGAGAUAACUGCUUGUUGAUUCUUUCUUUUUUCUUUUUGGUUGUUUUAUUUUAUUUUAUUUUAGGUGGGUGAGCUGGGAUUUGAAAGUUCGGCUGCAGUGGACCAUGUCCUAAUGGCUAAGCUAAGAGUGCAAAAGUGGUUCAAUACUUGGUUAAGCCUUUCUGCCCUAUUGGAUAAUCAUCUUUGUCAUUGUCAUGCUGAAGAUCAAAAGUCGAUAGGCCGAGUUAUCGAUCUCUAGACAUAGAGCAUCCGAUAUGUGGCAUGCCUCUAUCUGAUUUUUUUUUCUUUUUUUCUUUUUUCUUUUUUGUGAAAAAUCACAAAGGGAUGGUCAUGGUAUUUUGAGUCUUGGACUCUUUCACCAAGGUUUACAUUACCUACCCCUUUAUUCUCCUGCAUGGCAAAAAUUUGCGCCUCUAAUAGUGGAAAGCCCUUCACCUAGGUCCGUUAGCCUGGUCAUAGAUGGUAAAAAAUUCCUAUAAACUUUGUAUAUUAGUGACAAUCGUCAUUAUUGGGAUAUUACUGAUGGGAGUUCUAUUGCGAUGUUAUUAUGUAUGCCUUUUCUAUCAGGAAUUUAUUGGAUAAUUCCCUGGACUGGAAUAUACGAAAGUAAAAAGCUUUUAUAAAA